AUGGCUGUCGAAUCCAAGUUUGAUCCCAAGGACAUGGUGUUCCGUCACCUCGGCCCCACUGGCUUGAAGGUCUCCGUCUUCUCUCUCGGAGGUUGGUUGACCUACGGUGGUACUCAAAAAGGCGAUGUCGUCAAGGAGUGCAUCCAGAAGGCCUUUGACCAUGGUAUGAUCUUUCGAGCUUUCCAUGAGAGUUCAGCAGGCUAA